GUUGUAAGUGAAAACUAAUUUAUUUUCGAAUUGUCAUGGUGUGGAAAAGUUGAUUUUGUUUUUAUAAAAUUUUACUUCAAUAUUAUUGAUACGACUGCUCUAAAGGUGCCUGAAGAUGAACAGAAUUAUCUUUUCCCAGUGCCGGUGCUUAAGAAAAUCAAAUUUGAUAUGGGAAUCUAACCAGCACAAUCCUUACAUUACCCUGUCAAGGCCAUUGUCCUACUACACAACAAGAACUCCACAACUGCAGCAAGAUGCCUACAGGAGGCCUCUGUUCAACUCCAGGGCAUACCUGGACCUGCCACUCAUCAGACCGAUUUCCACAAGCAUGUGCAACUAUGAUAAAGAUCCCCUCAAACCAUCCUCCAAAGUAGAAGCAACAGUUGAAACAGUAAAGAAAGACCUUGAGGAGAAAGCGAAACUGCCACAAAAGGAAGUGAAAAAAAAGAAAAGUAUAGGCACACGGAUCAUGGAUGAGCUAAGGCAUUACUACCAUGGGUUCAGGUUAUUUUUCAUUGAAAUCAAAAUUUCUACUGCACUCGUGUUCAGUCUGGUGCGAGGUCACCAGCUUACUCGGCGAGAGCACAAGCUCCUGGUCACUACUAUCGGUGAUCUCUUCAGAAUGGUGCCAUUCAUUGUCUUCAUUGCGGUGCCAUUCUUGGAGUUUACCCUCCCGUUGUUCAUCAAACUUUUUCCCAACAUGUUGCCGUCCACCUUUGAGAGCACAGACCAGAGAGAAGCAAAGCUCAAACAGCAUCUGAAGGUCAAACUAGAAAUGGCCAAGUUCUUCCAAGAGACACUGGACCAAAUGGCACCACAAGCCAGCAACAGACACUCAGAUCUCGCUAAAGAGUUUUCAGUGUUCUUCAGUAAGGUCAGAACUACUGGUGAUGUGGCCACAAGUGAAGAAAUUAUGAAGUUCUCUAAAUUGUUUGAGGAUGAGAUUACCCUGGACUCUCUUCAGCGGUCUCAUCUGGUUGCUCUGUGUAAGAUAUUGAACUGUACGUCCAUUGGAACUAGUGCCAUGUUGCGGUGGAACUUGAGGAUGAAGCUACGGUCUCUGGCUGCUGAUGACAAAAUGAUAGCCAAGGAGGGUGUGGACAGCCUUACCUUCAAUGAGCUGCAGCAGGCAUGUCGGGCGCGAGGAAUGAGGGCUUACGGAGUGUCAGAAGAGAGGUUGAGGAAGGAGCUACGGAACUGGCUAGACCUGUCACUUAAUGAGAAGGUUCCGCCAUCCCUGCUGCUGCUGUCUCGUGCCCUGAUGGUUCCGGACCAUGUGCCUACGUCGUACAAGCUGAAGGCAACUAUCUCGGCCCUGCCAGAACAAGUUGUCACACAGACAAAGGCUGCCAUUGGUGAGAAAGAGGGUAAACUGGACUUUAAGACCAAAGCAGACGCAAUCAAACUCGAAGCGGAAAGGAUCAAGGAAGAGAAGAGAGAAAUGCAAGAGGCAGAAAGAGAGAGGCAGAUCCUCGAAGCCAAAAAGAAAGAGAAGGAAGAUCUCAAGGAUAAGGCUCCAAUCAUCGACACGGGCUCCGAAGCUGCAAUGGCUGAUUCUGCUCCAGUAGUGAAUGUGGACUCCGCGAAGGAAAAGUCGGAGGAAGGACUUUCUGGAAAGGAUAUUGAAGUUAUUGAGGACGCUUUAGAGAAAUUAGCGGAACAAAAGAAGUCGCUACUCCUGGAGCGCGAGAGCAUCCAGGACAUGAAGGCGGAGCUGCUGGACUACAGCGAGGACGUGCUGGAGCUGGACGAGAUCGUGAGCACGCGCCGCGCCGACCUCAAGCUGUCCAAGGGGGCCACGAGAUUAUACAAGGCAGUCAACAACAUGAUCAGCAAACUGGACGCAGUCUUGGCAGAAAUGGAGAGCAAAGAAAAAGCUCUGAAGACCACCCUCGAGAAAACUCAAAGCGAACCGGAGAAAGCCAAAGAACAUCUUAUACACAUUGAUGAGCUGAUGACGUCUAUUAAGAGUCUACAGAAGGUUCCAGACGAAGCUAAAUUGAAGAUGAUACAGGAUGUUCUCGGCAGAUUGGACGAUGACUUCGACGGGCAGUUGAAGGUUGAUGAUGUUAUGAAGAUGCUCGAGAUAAUCGGCAACGAGAACGUGAACCUCUCCGAGAAGCAGAUGCAAGAACUCAUCGAACUGCUGGACAAGGAGGAAGUACUCGAGGUGGAAAGCAAGAUACAGAAGGCUUUGGACAAGGCAGCCACUGCUGAGAAGGAGAAGAGCGCUAAGGCCACUAUUGAUGGACGGAACUUAUUCGACCUCAUAAGAGAAGCGCAGCGGCGGCGGGAGCUCAAGAGGCAAACAGAGAAAUUCGGAGAGGACUCACCUUUACCCAAACGAGACGAGAUCGUGACCAAACCAGAGGACAAGUCGCCGCCGCGACCGGAGAAACAAUGAGCCAUAGACUACGCACGUAGUCAUAGACUAGGUAGACGAAGUUGUAAAUAAAACCUUUUUAGUUGAGCUUGUGUGCGGCCUUCUUACGCGUUUGACCGCCAAAUUGGGUAAAGAUGGCUGUGGAUUGUGGUUUCUUUCCAAUAUAAUUUUGCAUGAAUCCUAUUGCGGGUGAUAGACAGGUCCUUAUGUCUGGCUUAGUUGAACAAAUGACAACUAAAAUGUAUGGAUUUAACAGCUGUCAUAGGGCUCAUGCUAUGAUUUACAAAGUAAAGUUCACUUGAGAUUAUUUAACGAAAAUGACAGCUUUUAUGGCGGGUUCAAUGGUUUAUGUAGUACGGGAAUAUAGUGUAAAUGUUGGUAGUUUAUGUUGCGUUUUCGUUAAGUAAUUUAAAGUACUGGCAUCUGGGACUGGGUCUGCCCUUCAGGUUUUAGUUAUAAAGUACAAGCUGAAAUGAUUCCACUAAAACAACACUAAUUGAAGUACUUACCCAAUACCUUAACCACAAAACCGGAAAUAUUUAAAACCUACUGCGUGAUAUAGUUAUGUGUUCAAUAUGCAUGUCAUUCAUUUCCCAAACAAAAGUUUUGUAACGAAUCCCAAAAUAGACAAAUGCAAGUUAGGCUUGGCCAUAAACCAUGUUUUUGAGUCAUGAAUUCUAAAUUUUGUAUGCUUAAUCAAUAUUCUAAAUAAUGUUGUUAAAGUUAACCUAAUGACAAUAAGAACUUUUUGUAAACAUUUAAUCAAUCACUUUGUAAAUACAGUUUUAAAUGUUUAAGUUAUUCCACAUCAUACAAAAUAAGGUGUUGUAAAAUUGCUGUUGUGAGUUUCUUUAGUGAAAAUGUCUGCAGUUGACUUUAUUUAUCAGAGAUUUAUUGUUAUGUAUCUAUCGUUUAUGCAUUUCUGUGAUCACGACUCAGUCAUAAGUUUAUUUUUAAUGUGAUUUAGUUUAUUAGUUGGAGACUCUGUUAUGCACAAAUUGGGGCCUGUUAUCUAGCCAAGUCAUCAUGAUGUGAGAAUCGGAUUUGCAUUUUUCACAAAUGUGUAAAGAUGAGAUGUUAAACUAGUUAUGUUUGUAACUAUUUAUUUUACCGUUAAUGUAAAGUCCAACGAUUAUAAUGUAUUUUUCAUAAUGUAUGUAUAACGUUUAAAAUUCCAAUUCCCAUCGGGAAUACACAUAUUAAAUUUGUUUAUUUAUGUUAGUACUUAUGUAUGUUAAUUUUCUGGCAAAUACUUAAUAAGUAUCUCUGUCGCAGUGUAACAUUGGUAUUGUGUAUUAGUUAUAUUAUACUUAGCUAACUUUGAAUAGAUGUGCUGAGAUGAAUAAACUAAGAGAAUAAAUAUCGAAAAACAAA